AUGAAGUUCCUCAGCUCCCUCCUGUUCGUCGCCGCCGCCGCCGCCGCCUUCCCCCAGGCCAGGCAGGCCGCCUGGCCCAACGGUCCCUUCACCAGCGACGGGCGCUGGCAGCUGGACGCCUCGGGCAAUAUCGUCAACUUCGCCGGCACCAACUGGCCCGGCCACGGCGAGGUCAUGGUCCCCGAGGGCCUGCAGUACGCCUCGGUCGAGCAGAUCAUCUCCAAGAUCAAGAGCAUCGGCAUGAACGCCAUCCGCCUGACCUACGCCAUCGAGCUCGUCGACCAGAUCUACGACAACGGCGGCAACGACGUCGACCUCAAGACGGCCUUCGUCGAGGGCCUGGGCGAGGCCAACGGCACUGCCGUCCUCGCGCAGGUCUUGGCCAAGAACCCGUCCUUUACUGAGGCCACCACCCGCCUGGAGGUCUACGACGCUAUCGCUGCCGAGUGUGCCAAGCAGCAGGUCCACAUCCACCUCGACAACCACAUGUCCAAGGCCAAGUGGUGCUGCUCCAGCGACGACGGCAACACGUGGUGGGGAGACCGCGAGUUCGACGUCGACAACUGGGUGCGCGGCCUCGCCUACAUGGCAGAACACGGCAAAUCGUGGCCGGCGUUCGUCUCCAUGUCCCUCCGGAACGAGCUCCGCCAGGCAUCCGACAACCCCGACCUCGUGGCCGCCUCGUACCACUGGCAGGACUGGUACGAGUACAUCAAGCUGGGCACCGACGCCAUCAACGGCGCGAACCCGGACGUGCUCAUCUACCUCUCGGGCCUCAACUACGACACCACGGUCACGCCCGUGGUCCGCGGCACGGCGCUGGAGCCCGGGAACGGCACCUUCUCGCGCAGCGACUUCGCCUAUACCGACAAGCUCGUGCUUGAGAUCCACAACUACAACAACGGCGCCACCAGCUGCGACAGCCUGAAGUCAGCCCUGUACAACAGCGGGUUCCAGGCCAUGAACGCGACGGACCCGGCGACGGUCAACGUGUUCCCCGUCGCGCUGACCGAGUACGGGUUCAACAUGGAGGACGACUCGUACCAGGGCGUCUACGCGACGUGCCUGUCCGAGUACCUCCCCGAGGCCAGGGCUAGCUUCUUCAUCUGGGUGCUCGUGGGCAGCUACUACGUCCGCUCGGGCACGCAAAACUACGACGAGUCGUGGGGCCUGCUGACCGUCGACUGGUCGGACUGGCGGAACCCUGCCUACGUCGAGGAGCAGCUGAAGCCCAUGAUUGCCGGCGUUAUCGGGUAG